AUGCCCGUACAAUCACGUAGGCAAUCGUUGAGACCCGCAAUGAGACGUGUGACGUUUGGAUCCGUUACCGUUGUUCGUGUGCCGUUAUAUCAUGCGACGCACUCUCUCUCAACCACAGAGAGUCCUUUAUUGUCUGAACCAACUUUAAUCGUUUCACCUCCCACGGAGAGAGAAAACUUUCUUACAACUUUAGAUGAGAUUCAAGUAUCACAUAAUGGGAUAAUGGUGACACCACCUCAUUCGGAUUGCUCACUUCCUCUUACUCAAGUAGAUUUAUGUUCCUCUAUGGAAAAAGAAAGUGAUGAAUUUAGUACACAUCUUGAAGAGAAGGAUGAAGAAAUACAUAGAAAGUCAUCACCUGAUUCAAGUACACAAGCUGCUUUUACUACGAUGCAAAAGAUGUCAUCUAUGAAUAGUACCUUUUCUUAUCCCUCACAAGCAUCAUCCUCUCUUCUUAGUUUGGAUCUAAUGACAUCUUCAGUGAAAGAAGAAGGAGAAGGAGAGAAAGAAGAAGAAGAAGAAAUUCUUGGUGGAACCCCACUCUCAUGGUCUCCUGAUGAUAUCGUAAACUCAUUAAAAAGAAGUCAUUUAGACGAAAUGGAUACAACAAGAACAGCAGCAGCACGCACGGUUCGAUGUCGUGUGGAUGUUGAAGAAGCAGCGCCUGCUAUUGUAUGUGUAUUCUGUCAUGAUAAUAGUGGGAUUAUUGAGUGUUAUAGUGGUUAUCAUGUUCACUUGGUAUGUGCUUUGUGGUGUCCAGAAGUGUAUUAUGAUAAGGAAAAGUUAACUCUUAUGAACAUCGAUGCAGCAUUGGAGAGGUGUAGAUUAAUAAAAUGUGUCUACUGUAGACAACCCGGGGCUCCUGUAGGGUGUAUUAUUGAGAAGUGUCCGCGUAGUUAUCAUUUGCAGUGUGCAGUAGAUGCUGGGGCCCAUCUGAAUGAAAAAACUUUUGAACUUCUUUGCCCAAAACAUGGCAAAAAGAAAGCACCACUAGAGAGGUAG